AACAAACUAUAUGAUAUAUCAUCCUCAUCACAAUACCCACUCCAUCAUCACCCCAACAUGAUCGUCUCAAGCAACCAAACUGCCUUCUUUUCCGUCAAACUCCCUUCAGAUUUCAUUUCUAAGCAUCUAUUCCUCUUGCCAGAGAUCCAAGCAAUAGAGCUCUUCGUUGCUCUCAUUGUUUUUGCAGCCAUACGCUCUCUCAGGCAAGAGAAACGCCAUGGUUUGCCCAUUUGGCCCUUCUUUGGAAUGUUACCUUCUUUGCUUCUUGCUCUACGUGCAGACAUAUACGAAUGGAUCUCCGGUGUCCUGAACCGCCAGAAUGGUACCUUUACGUUCAGGGGUCCUUGGCUUACCAGUGUCAACUGCGUCGUCACCGCUGACCCUCGCAACCUGGAGCACCUUCUGAAGACCAAGUUCGCCAGUUUUCCAAAAGGUGGCUUCUUCCGGACCACCGUCCGUGACCUCCUCGGCGACGGGAUCUUCAACGUUGAUGACAAUCCUUGGCGUCGCCAGAGGAAGACUGCAAGCAUUGAGUUCCACUCGGCUGAGUUCCGUAACAUGACCAGCGAGUCACUGGUCGAGCUUGUCCACUCACGUCUUCUGCCUGUGUUGGAAGAUUCAAUCAGACAGUCCGUCCCCAUCGACCUACAGGACGUACUUCUGAGGCUUACAUUCGAUAAUGUCUGCAUGAUAGCCUUCGGAGUUGACCCUGGGUGUCUCAGGCCUGGUUUACCAGAAAUCCCAUUUGCUCGAGCUUUCGAGGAUGCUACAGAGGCGACGGUGAUUCGCUUCAUAACACCAAUAACUCUUUGGAAGAUAAUGCGAUAUCUUGAUUUAGGCAUCGAGAGGAAGCUCAGGCGAUCCAUAAGGCAAGUCGACCAGUUCGCGGAGGAGGUCAUUCGUACCAGAAAGAAGGAGCUGUCUGUGGAUUCUAAUGAGAAGAGGGUGAAAUCAGAUCUUUUAAGCGUCUUCAUGGGUUUGAAAGAUGAGGACGGAAAGCCAUUCUCAGAUAAGUUCUUGCGGGAUAUCUGUGUAAACUUCAUUCUUGCCGGAAGAGAUACUUCGUCGGUGGCAUUGAGUUGGUUCUUCUGGCUGCUUGAUCGGCAUCCAGCAGUGGAACAACAAAUCCUGAAGGAGAUUUGCUGCAUAGUCCGACAAAGGGUCAAUUCUGACAAAGGGGAGAGCAAUGGUCCUCUAGUGCUCAGGCCAGAUGAAGUGAAGAAGAUGGAUUAUUUGCAAGCCGCUCUGUCAGAGGCCCUAAGGCUGUACCCUUCCGUGCCGGUGGAUCACAAGGAGGUUAUUGAAGACGAGGUUUUCCCUGAUGGGACAAAACUAAAGAAAGGGACGAAGGUAAUCUAUGCCAUUUAUGCAAUGGGAAGAAUGGAGAGCAUAUGGGGGAAGGACUGCAGGGAGUUCAAGCCUGAGAGAUGGCUGAGAGAUGGACGAUUCAUGAGCGAAUCAGCUUACAAGUUCACAGCUUUCAAUGGUGGGCCUAGGCUAUGCUUGGGGAAGGAUUUUGCUUACUAUCAGAUGAAAUUCGCAGCUGCUUCGAUCAUUUACCGUUAUCAUGUGAAGGUGGUGGAGAAUCAUCCAGUAGUGCCAAAGUUGGCAUUGACAAUGUACAUGAAAUAUGGGUUGAAGGUGACUCUUUGUAGGCGAGAUGAGUCCGAGCUACGAACGAAUCUUACGGCCGUAUCUUAAUGUCUUCAAAUUGUGUUUGAAAUACCGUGCAUGCUAGUCAUCUGUUGUUUUUAUUUUUUAUUUUUUUUUA